GACGGCGGGCGGCGGGCGGGGCCGUGUGCGCCUGCGUGGUGUCUGUCCGGGCCGCAACCCCACGCCGGCUGCAGCUCCGCGAGCCGAGCCGGAUCUCGAGCGGGGUACACGGGCUGAGGCGGCGGCGGCCCCGCCCCGGGGCUCCAUUGUUAAGGCGGCUGCGGCUCUGUCGGCUGUUCAGCUGCGCUCCAGUCGGCCCAGGCGCCGCGGCGAGGAGCGAGCGCUGCGAGGUGGCGGUCUGAGCAAUGGAAGAGUUAAUAGUUGAACUUCGUCUCUUUCUUGAACUCCUGGACCAUGAAUAUCUAACCUCAACUGUCAGGGAGAAAAAGGCAGUGAUAACCAACAUUCUGCUAAGGAUACAGUCAUCCAAAGGUUUUGAUGUGAAGGACCAUGCUCAGAAGCAGGAGACCGCUAACAGCCUGCCAGCCCCUCCUCAGAUGCCCCUGCCGGAGAUCCCUCAGCCCUGGCUGCCUCCUGACAGUGGGCCUCCACCAUUGCCAACAUCUUCCCUCCCAGAAGGUUAUUAUGAGGAAGCUGUGCCGCUGAGCCCCGGAAAAGCUCCGGAAUACAUCACAUCAAAUUAUGAUUCCGAUGCGAUGAGCAGCUCUUACGAGUCGUAUGAUGAAGAGGAGGAGGAUGGGAAGGGGAAGAAAACCCGGCACCAGUGGCCCUCUGAGGAGGCCUCCAUGGACCUGGUCAAGGACGCCAAAAUCUGCGCCUUCCUGCUGCGGAAGAAGCGGUUCGGCCAGUGGACCAAGUUGCUCUGCGUCAUCAAAGACACCAAACUGCUGUGCUAUAAAAGUUCCAAGGACCAGCAGCCUCAGAUGGAACUGCCACUCCAAGGCUGUAACAUUACGUACAUCCCGAAAGACAGCAAAAAGAAGAAGCACGAGCUGAAGAUUACUCAGCAGGGCACGGACCCGCUUGUUCUCGCCGUCCAGAGCAAGGAACAGGCCGAGCAGUGGCUGAAGGUGAUCAAAGAAGCCUACAGUGGUUGUAGUGGCCCCGUGGAUUCAGAGUGUCCUCCUCCACCAAGCUCCCCGGUGCACAAGGCAGAACUGGAGAAGAAACUGUCUUCAGAGAGACCCAGCUCAGAUGGGGAGGGUGUUGUGGAAAAUGGAAUUACCACAUGUAAUGGAAAGGAGCAAGUGAAGAGGAAGAAAAGUUCCAAAUCAGAGGCCAAGGGCACUGUGUCGAAAGUCACUGGGAAAAAAAUCACCAAGAUCAUCAGUCUGGGAAAGAAAAAGCCGUCCACAGACGAGCAGACCUCCUCAGCUGAGGAAGAUGUUCCCACCUGCGGCUAUCUGAACGUGCUCUCCAACAGCCGCUGGCGAGAGCGCUGGUGCCGAGUGAAAGAUAACAAGCUCAUUUUCCACAAGGACAGGACCGACCUGAAGACCCAUAUUGUGUCUAUUCCGCUCCGUGGCUGUGAGGUGAUCCCGGGUUUGGAUUGUAAACAUCCUCUGACGUUCCGGCUGCUGCGCAACGGCCAGGAGGUUGCAGUAUUGGAGGCAUCUUCUUCUGAAGACAUGGGCAGGUGGAUUGGGAUUUUACUUGCAGAGACGGGAUCCUCCACAGACCCGGAGGCUCUGCACUAUGACUACAUUGAUGUGGAGAUGUCUGCAAGUGUCAUUCAGACAGCCAAACAGACCUUCUGUUUCAUGAACAGGCGUGUUAUAUCUGCUAACCCAUAUCUAGGGGGCACCUCCAACGGCUAUGCCCACCCCAGCGGGACGGCACUUCAUUAUGACGAUGUCCCGUGCAUCAACGGCUCGUGGGAACCGGAAGACGGCUUUCCUGCUUCCUGCAGCAGAGGCUUGGGAGAAGAGGUGCUUUAUGAUAACGCAGGCCUGUACGAUAACUUGCCGCCUCCGCACAUCUUUGCCCGCUACUCUCCUGCUGACAGAAAGGCCUCUAGGCUGUCUGCUGACAAGCUGUCCUCUAACCAUUACAAAUACCCUGCCUCCGCUCAGUCUGUCACUAAUACCUCUUCUGUGGGGAGGGCGUCUCUCGGGCUCAACUCGCAGCUCAAGGGUAAAAAGCCCCCCGUGGCGUCUAAUGGGGUCACAGGAAAAGGGAAGACUCUGAGCAGUCAGCCAAAAAAAGCGGAUCCCGCGGCUGUUGUGAAAAGGAUGGGUUCGAAUGCUGCCCAGUACAAGUAUGGCAAGAACCGGGUAGAAGCAGAUGCCAAGCGGCUACAGACCAAAGAGGAGGAGCUGCUGAAGAGGAAAGAGGCCCUGCGGAAUAGGCUGGCCCAGCUCCGCAAGGAAAGAAAAGACCUUCGAGCGGCUAUUGAAGUGAACGCCGGCAGGAAGCCGCAGGCGAUCCUGGAGGAGAAGCUGAAGCAGCUGGAGGAGGAGUGCCGGCAGAAGGAGGCGGAGCGAGUCAGCCUGGAGCUGGAGCUGACGGAGGUCAAGGAGAGCCUGAAGAAAGCGCUGGCGGGCGGAGUCACCCUGGGGCUGGCCAUCGAGCCCAAGUCAGGGACAUCGAGUCCACAGUCUCCAGUGUUCAGGCACCGGACCCUGGAAAACUCGCCCAUCUCCAGCUGUGACACCAGUGACACCGAGGGCCCCGUGCCGGUGAACAGCGCGGCCGUCUUGAAGAAGAGCCAGGCGGCCCCGGGCAGCUCCCCCUGCCGAGGGCAUGUGCUGCGGAAGGCCAAGGAAUGGGAAUUGAAGAACGGGACAUAGGGGACAGCAGCACCACUCCAGCUUCAGAGACUGCACACCCCCUUGCCCGUGUCCUCAUCUGUGUGACGGCAGGAAGCUCUACCCAGAGUGGCCUCAGCUGCACGACUCCAGAGGCUCCACGACUGAGCUCUGAGGCCAGUGCCUGUCCCCCAGGCCCACUUGUAUUCUUUCUACUGUAAAAUGGCGCCUUUAAAAAAGAUGUAAGACUUUGGUUCCCAACUUUGUUAAAAAACAAAAAAAGUGAUGGAAAGGUGUUUGAAACGAUGCUAUCAGGCGAAGUGACAUCUUUCUAACCAGAUAGGCCAUUGCUUUCACCGAUUCCAACCCAGCCUUGGACUGAGGAUGGAUGGUUCCAUGAGCCCCCAGAUGAAAACCUGGAUUCGACGGGGAAGAGCUUGGAUCCCUGGCUGCCCCAGGCAUGAGUGUGGCUGGCGCAUGGGCACUGGGCUCACCUUGCACGCCCACCAGGAGGGCCAGGGGCAUACGCAGUCCUGACGUGGACUUUGUGUCUUGGCAUACCCUCUCCACGUGCCCGUCCCCCUCGUCAUCAGAGGUAAAGGCAUGAGAAAAUCGCGCUGUGAAACGUUUUUUACCUUUUAUUAUUAUUUUUUGGACAGAUGCUUUUGUCACCAAGACAUGAAAAGCUGCCAUUUUUCUUAACCUGUUUUUAAAGAAUGUCUUUCUUAUUGUGUGUCACACUUAGAUCAAGGAUUUUUCAGAGGUUCCUUAUUUUAUUAAUUAUUUGUGCUGCUUUUGACAGGUAGCAGAUUGACAGGUAGCAGAGGGCUUUAAUACUUCACUAACAGUACACCCUCCUCCCCCUUGGGCUAGCAUCCCCAGCCCUUAAUCCACGUCGGAGUCCCACCAGGAGCCUCUGGGGCAGGGGCUGGCUCCUCGCCGCUGUACAGGACGUUUACUGCUGCUUCGGGCCAGGGCAGUCCUUUGAAAGGGAAUUGAAAGGGAAGCAAGUUCCAGAACUUGUUCCCUUAUAGAACUAUAAAACACCUUAGAGCAAGAGGCAGGAAUUCUAGGGCCUCCUGCCCCUCCCCCUCCCCUUCCUCCAGCUUGUCAAGUUAAACCACUAAUGUGUUGGUGGGCCUGGCCGUGCUGCCUCUCCUGAGUGGGGUGGGUGCAGGUAGGGCCUCUUUCCCAGCUUUCUUGCUUGCCUUCUGUGCAAUAUUUCUUGGAGAAUUUGGAUGCCUAAGGCAUAAAGGAAAAAAACAGAGUUCAUAGUUUGAGCUGGUAUCUACCCCCUGGGUUUAAAAAUCAGAUUAACUUCUUGGUCUCCCAGAGGCUGCUGUCAGGAAUUCUCCAGUACGGGAAGAUGCAGUCACUGAUGACGAAAUAAGUCACCCCUGAACGCCUCCGCAGGCAGAUUCAUGGAGACCAGUCCCAGCAGCGACCGCCCCUUCCCCAAGCAUAGAAUACAGAGGUGCCACACUUGGUGUAAGCCUUCCUUCUGUCCAGAAUGUCGUUUUUCACACAGAGGAAGAGAUGGCGGGAAAACACUGACUCCUUGGGUUUCCCCCAGACAUACUUUCAGAGCGCUAGCUGUGUGGUGCAUGGGACUUUACAGUUAGGAUUCAUGUUUAAGGUGGUGGCACUUGAGGCCCGCAAGGGCCACGUUGGAUUACUGAAGCGGGAAAGCGGUCUCCCAUGUAUAAGAAAGUUUUACAACACGAAUUGGAAGCUGCUUGAGUCCACCUGAACUUGAAUUGAUUGCAAAGCCAUCUGCCGGGAACGGUUUUGGGUUCCUGAGCCGUCAGCCAGCCUUUCCCCUCUGAUGCAUGUUCCUCCCAGCCUAGUCCGUGGAGGCCCAUCACACCAGCAUCCGUGACGCCAGCUUCCCACUAGGACAUCCAGGCAGGUCGGGCGGGGACGCCACACGCCUCAGGGCCGCCCGCUGCAUUGCCAUAGAGGAGCCCUCCCUCCAGUGGUCACUUCCCACCAUUGCAGGCAGCUGGGCCCACUUCAUACCACACAAAAUGAAUUUUCUAUAAAGGGAAAAAAGUUUGCUCCUCCAUAGAUUUUUGCUGCCUUCGGGUCAAAUAGUUUUCCCGGUUGAGGCUCUUGGGCCACUCUGAUUGGCAGCCUGCUUUGCCAAAGAGAACUGUGUGAGGUUUUGGUGGUUAGUAAGAGAAGGGGGAGAUGGCCAGCCUGAAGUCACGGUCCUGGCCCAGCACAGGUGGGCAGCAGCGAGCUGGCAGGUGAAGCAUGAGCAGCACGCAGAGUGUCACAUGGGCCUUAGCCGUCACCCACCAGCUUCCUCACCAGGCAAGGAGGCCCCGGAGCCUUAGCAGGGACUUGCCCGAGGGCACAGCUGAUUGGUGCUCGACUCCCAGCAUGCAUAUUUUGUUGUAAAAACCCAGGUUUGUAAUUCACAUCCACAACCCUAAGCCUUUUAAAGAGGAGGCAAACGUUUAACGAACCCCAUUGUGGUCCAUGGAGCCUUUCAAAAUGGGUGCCCUGGAGGGGCCUGACAGUGGGUUCCUUCCAUGGCGGAUACUCCCUUAAAAUUUCACAUUCCAUCAAAGUUUAAAGCAUUUACUUCAGAAUAAGUUAUUUAUGUGUAUAUGUUCAAUAAAUAUAGUUUUUAAUUUAUAUCUGUACAUAUUAGACACACGCAAGCCAUCUUGCCAGAAUUCUGACAGUGAUGUCAUUUUAUUCCCCUCCCAAAACAUGCCCCAGGAACAAGCACCCCUUGCCUCUGUGGCAGCUGCGAGUGUGUCUGAUUUCAUAACGAAGCCAGGCUGAGGGCAAGAGGCCCGACAGGCAGGCCAGGGUCCCCAGAGAAGCCAGGAUGAGGGGUGCAGAGGCCCGACAGGCAGGCCAGGGUCCCCGGAGAAGCCGGAUUUCUUCGCAAUGUCACUGGUACUUAGCAGAUGGUCGUGUUCACAGGGGCUGGCCACCUGUACUACGGUGCCGACCACAUUGCGCGGAAUGUGGUGGCCACGCGAUGGAGCUGGCCGGAGGACAGGCCAGGUGAGGGGGCCGACCCCUGCUGGGCUCAGGGCUCCCUCCAUUCUAACCUUGAGCCACAGUGUCACUCUUCAGGGCUCUGCUCCCGGCUCUAUUUUGUUAAGGUGUCAUCAGCCUUCAACCUCCAUUUAUAUAUUUUUAUAAUGUUAAGCCACUGACCAACUUUUUUCAUAGAAACAACUAUCAGAUUCGAGGGCUCGCUUUGUCCCCCUGACCUGGGCACAGGCAUGGGCCAUGGCUCCCUCUUCCCAGAAUCUGCGGGGAACUGGGGCAAGGCCCAUCUGUCUGCAAGGCUGGUAGCUCUCUCCCUCGGCUUCCAGAGUCCACGGCGGUUGCAAGGUAACCAGUGUGGGUCUGCUGAGUCACCCCAGGCACCAGACUCGCCCCAGGAGCACAGGCCACUGUCCAUGGGGCCUUCCUUGAGACCUUCCCUUGGGGCUGGCGGGCGGCGGCUUACCAGCUGGGUCAGUCCCGUCUCGCCCCUCUGUGCCUAUGCCCUGGCGUUGCCAGGCUUAACCUUCCCCUGUAUCUUUCUUACUCAUCCCAGAGUUAUUACUGGCCAUUUCUAAAUAGACAAAAACUACCCUAAAAUGUGGAGAUUUACUCCUUUUGAAAAGUCUGUUUCAAAAAGUGUGUCCUUAGCUCUGGAGGCCACCCCCAGGAAGGAGUUUGAGGUUCAUUGUCAUUAUGGCCACAGUUUGGUGCUUGUGCACGGGACUCAAAGGGCAGCGUCGAAGCUAGGGUUAGGUGUAGGCUUGUGAGCACAGCUCCCUUGUUUGUGGCCACACCUUACCUUUCCAAAAAGGCUAUUAAUUCUACUCACCCACUAUCUGGGGGGAUGUAAAUUUUGCCCACAGACUUUGCUACCCAGGUGAGGUGCUCUGUUCAUGCACGGAACUCAUGUCAUUAGACACCGUCCAAGGAUGGGCAGCCUGCAGUGUGGCCGGUGACUGCCAUCCAGAGAAAAGGCACCUUGUGCCACAGGGCGGGGCCGACACCCUGAGCUCACAGGUGGCCCCUGCAUUCAGGUGGAUGUCCAUCCUUGAAACAGCCUCUUCUGGGAGCACAGCACUGGAGGUCUCCACAGCACUGGAGGGUUGGCCGGCAGGGUGCCCUGCAGCUUACAUAAAGGUCGUGGCAAUGUUUCAAUGUUAAACUAUUGCCUUCCUCUUACUUUUCCUAAAAUGAUUUUCUAAUGGGAACAGUCACUUCAAGUUCAUGACAUAGUUUGAAGGAGGAUAAUUCAUUUUUUCCUGGUUGUCACUGUCUUCUUAGCCCCUUGGUGGGCUGGGUUCAUACUGUGAAAUAAACUAAAAUGAAACCAAAACGUUCCUGCCGUAAAUACGUGGCACAGCACUGCAGAAAAAGCAAAGUCACCUCUAUUCGUGAGUCCCCAAGCCAUAGCAGGGCGUCUGUAAAAGAAGGGAAGUGGUGGGCGUCAGACGCAUCCUUUCGCCCGUAGUUCAUGAAAUAGUUCUGGCUUUGGUCUUCCAGAAAAUCUCAACUUCACCGUGCACAAGUGUUACCGGGUCUUUUUAGUGUAGCCAUGGAAGAUACUUUCAAAAGGACAUCUUCAGAUCAUAAUUCUUAGGACCAAAGGUGUUUUUAAUGAGAUAAUCUUUUUGAUUUUCUAACAAGAAAGGAAAUAUUCACUUUAAAUUUUAACAUCAACUUUUAAGUGAUAUUCAGAAUUAAUUGACCAUGGCGAUACGUUGUAAAAUGUUUUCAUAUUAAGAAUGUAAUUAUUUCCUUAUUGUAUUUUUUAAAAGCUAAAGUCAUAUUUAAAAUUCUCUUUGAAAGAAACAGGCAAAGAAACAGCAAAGAUUUUUUUUAAUUAAAUAUGUUGGUAGUGCCCACUUCAAAUGACUGUAAAUAUAUUUUCACUGUUUCUCAAUGUAUUUAAUUCAUAAAGUAAAAAUUUUAUGAAAAGAAACUUGCAAGGAAAAUCCUAGUUUUCAGUCCACUCGCCCCACUUUGUAGUAGCUUCACUGAAUUUCCUGCUUUCCUGGUUGAAUUUUCUACUGUUUCACGUGGUGUAACCCUAGACUGGCGCCCUUGGCGUGCCCGUUUGUGUAUGAAUAAACUUCUCUCCCCCA